AUGAUAUUUUUCGAUGGCGAAGAGGCUAUCAAGGAUUGGUCAGAUAACGAUUCAAUCUAUGGCGCACGUCACUUAGCAGCCAAAUGGUCCAAUACUCGUUCGUCAACUGGCUCGGGGCGAAGUAUCGAUAGAAUUGAAGUGUUAGUGUUGCUCGAUUUAAUUGGUGCUGCUAAUCCCAAAUUUUAUAGUUUUUAUCCGAACACUGAUGGGUUGCAUCACAGUUUGUCUGAAAUCGAAUUGUCUUUGUCAGGUGCUCAUCAGCUCGAGGGUCACAAUUUAAUGUUCAUGAAACGAUCAUCAUCUGGAUUUGUCGAUGACGAUCACCGACCUUUUCUCCAACAAAAUGUGCCGAUUUUGCAUCUGAUAACCACACCGUUCCCGCCACAGUGGCAUACUCCGAACGAUAAUGCCGCAAAUUUGCAUUGGCCAUCAAUUCGUAAUUUUAAUAAGGUUUUCCGUGCUUUUGUUUACGAAUAUCUACAGAGGCAUACGGAUCAGGUGAAUUUACGCGGAAUAGUUAGUUAGAAAUAAAUUGACUAUAAAUAGUAUACGAGUAUCUGCUAAAUUUACUUUCAAUCUUUUUAUCCCGAAUAUAUGUACAUACAUUAGGGUGAUCGAAAAUAACUAACCUAACGAAUUUAUGGCCUUAU